AUGACCAAAAAACUUGCAAGUUUUUCUUGGUAUGAUUGGAGGACAAGGGGUACCAACAAGAGAUGCCAAGAGGAAGUCAAAAUCAGAUUGAUUUCUCACUGUAUAGUUGAAUUAGCUUCUCACUGUGACAUCCUUGUUGUGGCGUGUGCACUAACUGUAGAAACCCGCCACAUCAUCAAUUGCAAAGUCAUCGAUGCACUGGGUCCCAAUGGUUUUCUCAUCAAUAUAGAGAGGGGCCCACACAUUGAUGAACCUGAACUAGUAUCUGCCCUUGUUGAAAGGCAGAUAGCAGGUGCAGGUCUUGAUGUGUUUGAGAAUGAACCCCAUGUCCCUGAAAAACAUUUUGGUGUUGAGACUGUAAAAGCCAUGGCUGAUCUUGUGGUAGGGAACCUAGAGGCUCAUUUUUCCAAGAAGCCAUUGUUGAGAUUGUAA